AUGAACCAAAAUAUUCCUAAUGAAAACCAAAAAUCCUGGUCGGCCAACACGGCUCAAAAAAUCCAAGCACUUAAUCAGCAAUUAGUCCAGACCCAAAACCGCAAGAAAAGACAAGAGCUAGAAACUGCCUUGCAAAACCAAACCGAGGAUGAGCAAGAGCAAGUAGGUUAUGAUUUGUUUGCCCUCUUAGAUCGUUUGCCAAUUCAAAACCAAGUCGUAGCUAACUUGGGAAAAUUCGGAACUAUUCUUAAUCCUGAGGCUUUGAGUAAUCUCAAAUCUUUCUCAGAAGGAGGAUGGUACGAUACCGUGGAAAUAUCCAGAAUUAACCAGAUAUUGGCUAAUCUCCAGGAGUUUAGUCAAUGCAAACAAAUAGCUGUCGGAGGACGAGUUAUUGCGGCUCGAGAAAGCAAAAAAAUACUUUUUGCCGAAGUUAACGAUGGUAGUAUUCUCUGUCCCCUACAAUUAAUUUUCUCACGGGAAUUAUUGCCUCACUUACCACUAGGCAGCGUAGUCAAAGUCCAGGGUCAACUAGUCUUGGUUCCCCAACUUUCCCACCAGUUAGAAUUAAGAGUUCAAGUUUGCGAACUAAAAUAUAAAAUAAUGCCAACUCGACCUAUUUCUUGUCACAAGCGGGAUUUGGUGGUACGCACUUAUCGUCGCUUGGACCAGCCCAAUCAGAAGAAAGCCAUUACCCAGCUCGAGAUUACCAAGAUAAUCGAGGCUUUUUUGACCGAGUUGCAAGCGAGUUUGUUGGCCGGAGAGCCAGAUGGUUCUCCGGCCGGAGUUACGCAAAGUCAAAUUACGGCUUUCCAAGCUUUGAAAAAGAAACUUGAAUCCUUUUUGGCAGUUCCGCCAAGAGUUAAUCCAGGCAGCAA